CGAGUUUUUAUUAGUGAAUUUUUUUUUGUUACUGAAUUUUUUUUUUAUUACUGAAAGAAACGAUUAAAAUUCUCUUAUAAUGAGUAAAUUGUUUGCUUGUAAUUAUCGAUUUUAUUCAAACAUUUUAAUGAUGAUUGUAAUGGUAAUCGAUUGUGGUUCAUUUAUUCAAUCAUAUCAAGAUCCAAACUACAAAAACAUUGUUUAUAACAAACCAAAUUCAUUUAAUUGUGAUAAAUCAGUAUAUGACAAAUUUUAUCUAUGUGAAAAAAUACAACAAGCAAGUUGGAAAAUGCAUCGUGAUGAUUAUAUGAAUCCUACAACAGAAUUUUGCUGUUUUAUUUGGGAUUUUAUGGAUUGUGAAAUAAAAGAGGCGGAAAAAUGUUCAAAAGAUUUUGCAAACCAAAUUGAAGCAGACACUAAACAAUUUUAUGAACCAACGUGUAGACAUAUUGGCGCAGAAUAUAAAAGUUAUUCUUGUGUAUCUUUUUUGAGUAAAGCAGCUUCUGUUGGUAUUGGAGCUUUUUUAGCUGGUUUGCUUUCGUUUUGUGCAUACCAUUUUAGAAAAGGAAUUAAUACAAUAACAAACCAAAUGCGUGUCUUAGGAGGAUUUCCGAUAAUUGAAACAUCACCAACAGCAGUGAUGUCAAAUGAACCGAUGACAGAAAUAUCACCAACAACGACAACAGAAGUGACGAGAAUUAAACUGAAAGGAAUUGCACCAAUGAGAACAACACCAACAAUGAUGUCAGAUAAACCGAUGAUAGAAAUAUCACCAACUACAACAAAAACAUCAGGAAUAAUUUUAGAAAAGAUGAUGAAACUAUCACAAGCAUUAGCAGCAGAAUCUGCAAUGAUGCCAGAUUCUAUCGCUUUGAAAGUAUAAGAUUAUUUGAUAAUUUCAAUAAAAACUUAUACCUGAUAAAAUUGAUUCAUUAA